AUGCGGAAGAGUAGCCAUGCAUGGAACAUUGCUCCGCAGGGAGGCUUCCUAGUCAUCCUCUCCGUGCUUCCCUGGCUGUACGUCGCUUUUGACUUCAUCGGGAACUGCCACCAUGGCCCAUCCGCGGAGCACGAGAUGUACCUAUCUCGACUGCAGCCCAUCACCCCAUUCGAACAAAUCCUCGAUAAUGUCACAUCCGAUAAACGUGCGAGCCACUACGGCGCGUUCUACAGCCUGUAUCUCGACCCCUUACGCCGGCCGCAACUAACCCGUGGUGACGAUCGGCUUCCAGUCUGGGAAAACCAGGAGGUUAACUUGCUGACGGUCGGUCGCGCGUACGGCGACUCGCUGCAGCUUUGGAAGCGGGCAUUCCCGAGGGGUGUUAUCUACGGCAUUGCAAAUGACACCACCUCCUCCUUGAUGCUCCAGGCAGCGGCAAGGGACCCGCGGGUGCGGCUGAUGGUGGGCGACCAGGCGAAUGGGAAUUUCUUGCAGCAAGCGGUUUCUAAGAUUAAGAAUGAGGUGGGCCUGCUUGACUUCAUAGUGGACGAUGGUAGUCACACCAUCAAUCAGCAACAGACAUCCCUCAAACACCUCCUUCCGCUCGUCAAGGUACCUGCUGCCAGUGGUCAAGGUACCUACUGCCACUGGUCAAGGUACCUGUUGCUGCUGACACUGCUUUUCGUCAAUUUUCUCUCAUCAGCAUCCAUGCUCGUUAUUUCACCUGGUGGAACCUACUUUAUUGAGAAUGUGGAGACAUCUUAUAAGGAAGGCAUUUCUGAAGCGGACGCCACUAUGCACGUUAUGCAGUCGCUCUUAGACGCGAUGAACAAGGAGUUUUUCGAGAAGCAGCCGUAUUUCAAGAGCAUGGCGCAUGGGAAGUUCUAUGCAACUCCGAACACGUCUCUCCUUCGCCUUGGUUUCCUGCCGUUCCUCUCGCAGGGAUUCAUCUCCUUCGAAGCGAUCGUCAACCAAGGCACGUCCGAUAAGCGCACGCAUCACUACGGCGCAUUCUACAGCCUCUACCUCGACCCCAUGCGCCUGCCGCUGCAGCCCCAAACUCCCGGCGAUUGCCAGCAGCCUCAGCUAGGCGAGGACCACACUCGCGGCGAGGCUGAGCAGACCACGGACCGCCGUCGAUUGGAGCAGAAUCAACGGACGCGAUUGGAGGAAGCGCAGCAGCAGCAGCAGCAGCAGCCGUGGGAGCCCCGCGCGGUGAACAUGCUGGAGAUCGGGCUCAAGUACGGCGACUCGCUGAAGCUGUGGAAGCGGGCGUUUCCAAAAGGAAGGAUCUACGGCAUUGACAACGAGAUGAUUUCCAAGGUAAGCCCGAGGGAGCCGCGCGCGGUGAACAUGCUGGAGGUCGGGCUCAAAUACGGCGACUCGCUCAAGCUGUGGAAGCGUGCAUUCCCGAGAGGCAAGAUCUACGGAAUCGACAAUGAGUUGAUUUCCAAGAAGCACCAGGCAGAGGCACGGGACCUCCGGGUGCGGCUGAUGGCUUCUCUUCCCUCCCUCCUUUGCGCCAUCCUUGUUCCUGUCUUGUGCCCCUCCCUCUCGCCUUUGCAGAAGCACCUGGCAGAGGCACGGGGCCUCUGGUCUGCAGACGCACCGGGCAGAGGCGCGGGACCCGCGGGUGCGGCUGAUGGUGCCUUCUCCGUCUCUCUUGACCAUGUCUAUCUUACACCACCCAUCCCUCCGUGUCUGUCGCAAACCCAUCCCCUGUCCUCUUCCCUUUGCUUCUCCCCUCCACAGAAGCACCAGGCAGAGGCGCGGGACCCGCGGGUGCGGCUGAUGGUGGGCGACCAGGCGAAUGGGACGUUCCUGGAGCAAGUGGUGGCCGAGAUAAAGAGUGCGGUGAGGAGUGGUGGCCGAGAUAAAGAGUGCGGUGAGGAGUGGUGGCUGAGAUAA